CGCGGAAGCCAGUGAGAAGUGGGAGGCAGCCGGGCGCGCACUCUAGGGGACAGGAUCUAUAAAGGCAAGGCCCCAAGACCGAACGCGCGCUUCAGUCUUUUUCUCCGUCCCAGGGAGGUAACCGUAACACGUCCAGCCCCACGGUCCCCUUCGUGCCCGCCCCUUCUGCGUGCCUACGGCCUACAGUCGCUCGCCGGGCCCGAAGAGAGACAUGCUGAGUCGUGCCCUGCUCUGCCUAGCCCUGGCCGUGACGGCCGGGGUCCGCGCUGACGCCCCCGAGGAGGAGGACGACGUCCUCGUCCUGAAGAAGAGCAACUUUGAGGAGGCGCUGGCGACCUAUGAGUAUCUCCUGGUGGAGUUCUAUGCUCCUUGGUGUGGCCACUGCAAAGCUCUAGCACCUGAGUAUGCUAAGGCAGCUGGGAAAUUGAAGGCUGAAGGUUCUAAAAUCAGACUGGCCAAAGUAGAUGCCACUGAAGAGUCUGAUCUAGCACAGCAGUAUGGGGUUCGGGGGUACCCCACCAUCAAAUUCUUUAAGAAUGGAGAUACAGCUUCUCCCAAAGAGUAUACAGCUGGCAGAGAAGCUGAAGAUAUUGUGAACUGGCUGAAGAAACGCACUAGUCCAGCAGUCACUGUCCUGACAGAUGUUGCUGCUGCUGAGUCCUUGGUGGAUUCCAGUGAAGUUGCUGUUAUUGGCUUAUUCAAGGAUCUGGAGUCAGAACUCGUCAAACAGUUCACAUUGGCUGCAGAGUCCAUCGAUGAUAUCCCAUUUGGAAUCUCUUCCAACAGUGAUUUGUACUCCAAAUAUCAAUUUGAUAAAGAUGGCAUUGUCCUCUUUAAGAAGUUUGACGAAGGUCGAAACAACUUCGAAGGAGAGAUUACCAAGGAAAACCUACUGACUUUUGUUAAUUACCACCGGCUGCCCUUGGUCAUUGAGUUCACUGAGCAGACGGCCCCCAAAAUUUUUGGAGGUGAAAUCAAGACUCAUAUCCUUUUGUUCCUGCCAAAGAGUGUUUCUGACUAUGAUGAGAAACUGAAUAACUUCAAAAAAGCAGCAGAAAGUUUCAAGGGAAAGAUCCUGUUUAUCUUCAUUGAUAGUGACCACACUGACAAUCAGAGGAUCCUUGAGUUCUUUGGCCUAAAGAAGGAAGAGUGCCCAGCUGUCCGCCUCAUCACUUUGGAAGAGGAGAUGACCAAGUACAAGCCUGAGUCAGAUGAAUUAACGGCAGAAAAGAUAAAGGAAUUCUGUGACCGAUUUUUGGAGGGCAAAGUCAAGCCCCAUUUAAUGAGCCAGGACCUACCUGAUGACUGGGACAAGCAGCCUGUUAAAGUACUAGUUGGGAAGAACUUUGAAGAAGUUGCUUUUGAUGAAAAAAAGAAUGUCUUUGUGGAAUUCUAUGCCCCCUGGUGUGGUCACUGCAAACAGUUGGCUCCCAUUUGGGACAAAUUGGGAGAGACUUAUAAGGAUCAUGAAAGUAUAGUCAUCGCCAAGAUGGACUCAACAGCUAAUGAAGUAGAGGCAGUUAAGGUCCACAGUUUCCCCACGUUAAAGUUCUUCCCUGCAAGCGCUGACAGAACGGUAAUUGAUUACAAUGGAGAGAGAACACUAGAAGGUUUCAAAAAGUUCCUGGAGAGUGGUGGACUAGAUGGGGCAGGGGAUGAUGAUGAUCUAGAAGACUUGGAAGAAGCUGAAGAGCCAGAUAUGGAAGAAGAUGAUGAUCAAGUAGCCCCGAAAGAUGAAUUGUAAAGAGGAGAACUAAGUUGACAUAUCCCAAAAAUAAGACACUACAUUAUGGGCUGCUCCAACCAAGCAGCAAAUGCAUCUGGAAACUUGUAAGAUUCACAGCUGAAGGAGAGUGUUGAUUGAAAAUCCAGGGAUUUUUUUAAAAGUAAUAUUCAUUCUAACAUGUAUGUAAAUUCAAAUGUCCUUUCCUUUUUGCUUUUCAAUUUUUGAAAAGUGAGUUAUCUUUAAUAGCCCAGAUCAUUUGGUGAGACUCCUAUUCUUUCAGGGGAAGGGGUGGGGGAUGUGGUGUAAUUUUUUUUGUACUUUUUUUUUGUCACACGUUUUUUGGUUUGAAGCGGGUUGUAAAGUUAAAAGCAUGAGUGCUGUUGUCAUUACUAAACCAUUUUAGUGUAUGCUACACUCAUGAUAUCGCCUAUGAAAGUUCAUGUCAUCCUUUUAAAAAAAAAUCCUGCCUGUAGGGUUUUUUUUUUUUAACACAUUUGAUAAUUCAACAACAUGUCAGGGUGUCAAACAGCAGUGUCACUCACCUUUUAGCUAGUCCUCCCUGGAAUCAACCAUUCCUUAGUCUGGGGAGGGGCAACCACUAAGCUAAAUGCAAGGACUCUCCCCUUCACACCAGUGUUACCAUGGCUGAAUGUCCUUGUAUUUUUGCUUUCAAGACACUUUUUUAACGCUCUGGAGUUGGAUAGGACUAUGCCAUCAUUUGUUUGUUUGUGUUUUUUUGUGACAACAAUCAUUGGUGAAAGGGAAGAUAGUUUCUGGCUCCCCUCCUCAGACUAGAUCCAGAAGUAGUACCACCUUCUUCCCUGUUACGAUACAGGGUUUUGUUCCACGACUUUCUGGUGAGUUGCUCUGUGAAUACUGGAUUCUCUUCCAAGGCCUACUUGAUGCAGUAAACCAGGACGCUUAUGAUUAUUGGGAAUUGGGGAGGGCAGUGUGUGGGUAUGGGCCACGGAUGUUUGAGCUCAAACUUGAUAACACUUUAAACAUUUCCACCAUAAUGUUGGAACUGAACACAUUGGCCAAAUAAAGUUGAAAUUUUAAUAUUUGGUAUCUUACUAACUUUAUUUUUUAAACCCAUAUGUAAUUAAGUCCAGUAUUAAGGAUCUAGAGAGAGUGUGAGAGUGAGAGAGAGUGUGUGUGUGUGUGUGUGUGUGUGUGUGACCUUAAAACCUAAUAUGCAAGAAAUUGUGUGGAGAAUGGAUUUAAUGGUUUCUAAAGGGGGCUGAAGGACCCCCUAAGGACAGUUCAUGUUGUCAUUUCCUUUAAGACUAAUUUUUGUAAACUUUUGAGGUAUGAUGGAUACAUUAAGUCUCACUCAUCCCUCAACUCUUUUCAGCUUGACUUCUUAUCUGAACUCUACUGAAACUGCUCCUACUGAUAUUCUUUUAAUUGAUUAAAAUCCAAAUCUCAUGGUCUUUUCUCAGUAUUCAUUCUUCUUUCUUGAUCUCUCUGCUUUAUGACAGUGUUGAUCACCUUCUCCUGGAUACUCUUUCCUCUUCCAAGUUUCAUCAGACUGCUUUCUUUUGGUUCCUUUGCCUGACUGCUUCUUCUGAGUCCUUUGGGUUCAUCAUCCGUAUUGUGUCCCACACACCCCCAGCUGGGGGUGAGGUCUGUCCAGGGCCCUCUUACCUACACUGUCUUGGUGACCCUAUCAGUUCCCUUGGGUUACUGAUAAAGAAUUCUGCACUCUUUAUCCAGAGCAAGUAUCCCUAAGCUCCAGCCCCCUGGGUAUUAGCAUUUCAGACUUAAUAUGUCCAAAACAGAGCUCAACUUUACGUCUUUGAACUUGUCCCUACUUCUAAACUUUCCUGUUAAGGGUACCAUUGCCCUUCAAGUGUCACAUGUUUGCAAACUAGUGUUAUCCCUCGACUUCUUACUUUUUUUCACUGCAGAUAACCGUUACUAAAUCUUAUUUCUACCUCCACAAAAUCUCUUAGAUGUGUUUCCUCUUUCUUCACACAGCCACCACCCUAGUUCAGAUCCUUAUCAUUUUUCACUUAGAUUAUUACAACAGGUUUCUGACUGGUAUUCUCUCCCUACUCCACCAGUGAUGUCAAACUCAAAUGAAAAUAUGGGCCAUUUAUCCAUAUGUAAGGAUCCCUGCAGGCUGCUUAUGAACUUAGUUUUAAAAUAGGUUUUUAUUAUAUUUUCAUUUACUUUGUUAAAUAUUUCCCAGUUAGAUUUUAAUCUGGUUUGGGACAGUACACUGGAGAGUAUUGGGGGUCACACGUAGCCUGUGGGCUAUGUGUUUGUCAACUCUGCUCUAUCUACCUUGCUGUCAAAAUGAUUUUCCUUAAAAGAUCUGACCAUGCACUUUUCCUACUUGGUACACUACAGUGACUUUCUACUGCCUUUAGGAUAAGAUGUAAACUCUUGUUAGCUGACCAAGGGUAUGAAGGAUUUUAAAAGCUAAUCUUUCCAACCUCACUACAUAUUACUCACCUUCCCACGACAUAAUUCAGCCAAACUGGUCUAUCUUAUUCAUGGUACUCCAUGUCUGUGCCUUUGUACUGGAGGUCCUCAUCCUAACUGCACUACCUCCUUGUUUCCACCUUCAUGAUAACCACUCAAGUACCAAUUAUGUGAAGCUUUUCCUAAAUCUUAUCCCUCACCAACUGCUAGUGCCCUUGCUAACUACUUCGCAUUUAUUCUGUAUGUAUUUGUUCAGUGUGUACUUACAUAUGUCCAUGUUUCCUCUGAUAGAAUGGAAGCUCCCUGUGAGCAGGGAUUUUUUUUUUUGGUCUUUGUAUCCACAGCACCUGGCACAUAGAAGUUUAAUAAACACUGAUUUCAAACUUGA